AUGUCGAAAUGUAAGUUUGGAGCUGCUGAGGUGGAGUAUUUGGGCCAUUUAAUUUCAGGGUUAGGAGUUAAGGCUGAUCCAGGUAAGGUUGCAGCUAUGUUGGAGUGGCCAAGCCCUAGUUCUUUGAAGUCUUUGAGAGGGUUUCUUGGGCUCACUGGCUACUACAGGAAGUUUAUCAGAGGGUAUGGAUCCAUUGCAACACCCUUGACAGAUUUGCUUAUAAAGAAUGCUUUUGAGUGGUCUCUAUCAGUAGAAACAACAUUUCAAGAAUUGAAGAAAGCAAUAACACAACCACCAAUAUUGAGAUUGCCUAAUUUUUCUAAGCCAAUUACAGUGGAGUGUUAUGCAAGUGGCAGAGGGUUGUGA